ACUUGAGCUCAACAAUGUGCAAUCAUUUAUUGUUAUUUAAUUAUAAUAUAUUAUUUAAUAAUAUUAAGUUUGGUACUAGUACUAUAGACUUCACAUUCAUCUGAGUCUAUUGGUGUCAUUAUUCAUUUUGAUUGUAGUUUUAAAAAAGCAAUGUGGUCUUGUCCCUCUGACUUUAAAAAAAAAAAGAGUUGGACUUGGUGCACUUGGACUCAUUGGUGGUUUCUGAUAAGUUAUCCUUACAGUAACAGUGAGUAAUAGGUAAAAUGUUGAGCUGUGCUAUUAAUUAGGAGUACUUGAACUCAGGCAUCUAACUGUAACUCUGUAACUAGUACGGUAGUCUAAAUUAAUCUGGACAAUUUAUUAGAAUUUAAAAAUUGUCAACAUUUCAUUAUUUGGCUAACCACUCAAAUCAAAUUAGUAGAUUUAGUUCUCAUAGGUCUUAGAAAAGUAGGCUUUUUUCUAGCAUCCGCUGGUCACAAUGUGACGAUGAUGUCGACAUUGCUUGCAGUUCGAAAUCACAAGGCCUGGGAUUUUUCUUUAGGAGGAUAAGUAUAAGCUAGUUUCCUAGACAGCAAAUCACCUCUCUCCAUGCAUCUGGAUAAACCAUGGGAACAUCAUGUGUGGGUGAUAGCCUACAGCUUAGCACCAGUAGCGUUGCAGGUGUUGCUGGAAUUUGCAUUGUGUCAAUGUCAUACAACCUACAGGACUCCACUUCAGAUUUUCCUUCUCUUAGAAGGAUUGCCAACCAAGGUUAAUGAGUCCCAUGCAUCCAGGGUGCUUUUGCUGGGGGUUUGAAUUCCAGUACACAAGCUUAGGAUUGACUCAGUUUAGACCGUUCAGCCAUCCAUUAGUCUUGUGGUAUAGCUAUACAGCAGUCUUGAUUCACGAUUCCAUGUGUGAGUCUGUACUCUGUAACUGUAUUAUCCAUAGGGCAAAAGGAAGAUAAGCAACAUGCCUAAGGCCCUGAAGCACCAAGGAUCCCGAACUUAAAAUGCUCUUUUUUCAGCAUCAUUUGGUUUUCUCUUACCUGAAUAAAAUUAUUUUAUUCACAAAGUAAUCAUUAAUUAAGUAAAUGAUAGUUUUUUGUUACAUAAAUUAAGAUGCAUACGAAAUGUGACUUACUUAUGUUUACUAAAAUUUCUUGCCACUUUAGGCCUGCUUACUUUAUAUUUAUUAUCUGUAUUAUAUUGGCCAAGCAAUUUAAUAUAAAUGAAUUGGCCCAUACAGUAAUUAUGUAAAUGUAAAUUUUCUUAAUGAAAAUUGUAUUCUUUUUUUUUUUUGCUAAGAAUACCUGAGAUUGCUCUAAGAAAAACUCAUGCAAUACUAAAAUAGUUUAAACAAAAUAAUAGAUGUUUACAUUAAUUCUUAUCAGUGCUAGGGUCCUUUUCAUGCUAUAAAUUAACAAAUAACUUAAACAUUGCUUAUCAUAUCAUGUCAUAUGAAUGGUUUAGCAGUGGCAUGAAAUAUUCUAUAUUAUUAAUGUUACAGAGCUAUCAGUGCUAUUGUAUUAAAAAUUCAUUAAGCCUUUCUCAAAACAUUUAAGAUCUAAUGAUCCUUAGUGCUCUCUUUUAUUAAUAGCCCUGUAGUGUAUCUGCUUAAUCUAUAGUGUAUACAUUGAUGUAUAUGUGAAAAAGUUUAAAGGUGUUUAUUUAUUAGAAAUCUAUGUAAUUGUAAACCUUUUUCACUUUGACUCUUUAUUCUCAGUGUUUUCUUAUUUAUUUACAAGACACUAAACUUUCAAGAUGAAUAAAAAUGGAAUUCUCAGCCAACUCCGUGCCUUAAUGCACAAUAACUUACAUGUUAUUCAACCUCUACAUGCUUACAUCAUACCCACUGGAGAUGCUCAUCAGGUAUGUUAAUUUAUUGAAUGCACUCACACAAAAUUACAGUAAACUACCUCUUCGUUCUAAAUGCCACAUUUUAGUAAAUAUUCAGUAUAUUUUUAUCUUAUCUUAUGAUAGCAUGUCAUUAGUUAUUUAACUACACUCUUAACAAAUAAAGUCCUCGUACCGGUAAAUAAUAAAAUCUUAAAAAAGAAUCGUAAAUCAAAAUCUAUUACUAUUACUGUUUUUUAAAUACUGUUUUCUUAAACAUGCUGCCUCUAUAUUAAUGUCAAAUACAUAUCUGUAAACAAACAUUAAUUUAAUACAGAGUGAGUAUGUGGCUGACUGUGAUAAUAGGAGAGCAUUUAUUUCUGGAUUUACUGGAUCUAGUGGUGAGCUUGUUACCCAAUCAUAGUUUUUUUUAUGUUUUCCAUGUCUUACUUCUCUUUUAAUUAUUUUGUAUAAAGCAAAUAUAAAUUAAUUCUGUUUCUGAUUUCUUUCUUAUUUUGUAUUUUCUUUCAUAUCUAAUCACUAAUUGCUGAAAUUAAUUCUUUAUCGUGAGGCACACAUGUAAAAACAAAGCUUUUUCUUGCUUAAUAAAAUGUAUCAAUAUAUCUCUUUUAAAACUUUCAAUGAAAAUAAAUUACAAAAAUCAUUUGUUAUUUAUCCAAAGGCACUGCUAUUGUUACCACAAACCAGGCUGCUCUGUGGACAGAUGGGAGAUAUUACCUCCAAGCAGAACAGCAGUUAACUAGUGACUGGCAACUGAUGAAAAGUGGUAUGGAGUGAACAAAAUGUUAGCAUGCCUUAAAUUAAAAUAUCUAAGGGAUUUUCUAAUAUAUCUGUUAAUAUCCUGAUACAAAAAUUUCUGAUUGUGAAAAAAGUUACUUACAAAUAUUUUUAAUUUUGUUUAAUUAGAAAGUGAUUCCUCAAACAUUCAAACCCGAUCUAAUAAAAUAGGGUUCAUUGUAAGUUGUUUUUUUUUUUUUUAAAUAUUAAGUUAUGAGUAUUUGAUAAAGGUAACUGGUAAUUUAUUUACCAUACAGUUUUGUAAAUGAAAUGAUUAGUACAUUUUAGACUUUUUAUAUUUUGUUGUUUUUUUAAUAAAUAUUUUUCAUUUUUAAUAAAACUAAAAAACUUUGUUGGGUCUUUUAAAACAGGUUUACCAGACACCCCUACUGAAUCAAAGUGGCUGAACAGUGUAUGCUAUAUGUGUAUUUGUAAAUGUAUAUAUUUUAAUUAGGAAAAAUUUUGAAAUUGGUUGAUCAUUUGUUGAUCAAGAGACCUAUAUAUAUAUAUUAUAUAUAUUUUUUAAAAUGUAAUUCCAUAUUUUAAAAAAUUGAAGAUUUUAUUUCCUCAGGUUCUUCCAGUUGGUGGAAGAGUUGGGUGUGAUCCUAGUCUACUGUCUAUAGGUAACAAUAAAUCAUUUAUGACGUUGCUUCUCAAUUCACAUAAUAAUAUGUUAUAUGUUACACUGUAAGAAAAUGUUACUAAUGCCUUUUAAAAUAUUUUUUUCAAGAUAAAUGGAAACCCCUUAGUAAACAGCUCAAAUCUAAUGGCCAUGUGUUGGUCAGUGUGGAGGAAAACUUAGUUGAUCUUUUAUGGCAAGAUCGCCCAGACCCUCCUACUAGUGACCUCAUAAUACUGACAGAUGAAGAGACAGGUAGUUAGUGUAUUUUUUAACCGUUUCAGAUAUUUCUGACUGUCAAGAGGUAUUUAUGUAAAGGCUUUAACACAUGAAUAAGAGCUUUUUAAACCCUUGAGGCAGUGGUUCUCAACUUUCCCAAUGGCGCAACCAUUUAAUAAGGUUCUUUUUGUUGUUGUGUCCCCCAAUCAUAAAAUUAUUUUCAUUGCUGCUUCAUGAAUAUGUGUUUUCCAAUGGUCUUAUGCUACCCCUGUGUAAGGGUUGUUUGACCCCCAAAGGGGUCGUAACCCACAGGUUGAGAACUGCUGUCUGAAGGGUUCUAUAAAAUUAACUCAAUAAGCUCAUUUUUUUUUUUUUAAAGGUGGUACAUUUUAAAUUGCCAGCUGUUGGUGAGAAUUAUUUAAAUUAGCUACUAUUAAAAAACGUAAACAUUAUUUUAAGGAUCAUCAUGGCAAGAAAAGGUAUCCAAAGUCAGAGAAAAGUUGGUUGAGGAAAAAGCUUCUGGUGUUGUUGUUACAGCCUUAGAUGAAGUUGCUUGUAAGUUUCAUUGUAAUUUAUUUUCUCUAACAAUAAAAAUUUGUAUAAUACGGUACUUAUAAAGAAUUAUUUGUCUGUAAUUAAUAAUUUAUUUACUGUUUUCAUAUUCUUCAUGUGCAGGGCUUUUCAAUAUGAGAGGUGCAGACAUAAGCUAUAAUCCGGUUUUCUUUUCCUUUGUUAUUAUAACAAUGGAUUCAAUCCAGUAAGCACUUUAUACAUUGCUUAAAUUACCAUCAAACCAUUUUGCUUAAACUUCACAUAAUUUCUGUAAGUAAUUUUAUAUUCUCAUUUGUAUGGAACUAGUGAAAAGAGAACAAAGCAGAUAUUUAUGUUAUUUGAAAUACCAUGAAUAGUUUUUCAAUUUCCUAGGUAAUGAAAAUUAUUUUAUAAAUUUAACUUAUCUCAAUUUUUAACUAUUUUUUUUGUGCUUAGGAACAAAAAGAUGCCAAAAUUUUAGAUAUUUUAGAGUUAAGAUGAUAGUAAGCAAAUAAGAGUUUUAAUCAUAUUUCAGUUUAUUUAUCAAUUCUGAAAAGUUGACUGACCAUGUUCGUGCUCACUUGAAUGGUGUCGAGUUCCACCCUUAUGAAAAGGUUUAUACUUUCUUAGGGGAUCUAGUUGAAAAUGAAAGCUCUUCAAAGAUUUGGGUAAACUUGUUUUUAAAUCAUUUAUAUCAAUCACUUUUUACUUUUGAAAUUCUUAUAUUUACUUUUAUUAUUUAUGCUGUAAAGAAGUUUUAAGUUAAAUAUCAUUUAUGUCAAUUUAUUCAGAACCACAUUACUAAGGUGCAAUACCUUAUUGAAAAAUUGAAGACAAAAUGAGAAGAGAACUAAAACUUUUAAAUGAGAUUGUUGCUAUAUAAAAUGUUACAUCAAUUUCUUAUAAAUUUGAUAUUAUAUAAAACUUAAAACCCUUAUGUAUUUGAUUUUGCAGAUAAGUGGCAAUUCAAGUUUUGCAAUUUACAAUCAGAUACCAAAGGUGAACAUUGUUACAUUAUUUAAAUAAUCCUUAGACUUUUGUAGAAGUGCAGUCAUACUGUAUACAAAUUAGUUUGCUCGUUUCCUGUUUUAAUUGGAAUAUUUGUUUUUAUACUUUCACAUUCUUAUUUUUUAAAUCCCCUAAUUAGUCGGUUUAAAAUAUAAUUAGUAACAUCACAAAAAUCUUGCAUUAUUUUAACCAAUUGACCUAGGAACAUGUAAAUAUUUUCAGCAUAAAGUUCUCUUAUCCCCAUCACCUUUAGCCUUGUUAAAGUGUGUGAAAACUGAGUCAGAACUAGCAGGCAUGGAAAGGGCCCAGGUAACAAUUGAUUUUAUUAAUGUGUUGUUUUUUUUAAAGAAAAAUGACACAGCUGAUUUUCUUGUUAACUUGACUCAUAAGUUAUCCAAAUAUUUGCAACUCAGGCUUAAUCGGGUGCAGUUAUUUUACACUGUGCCCUGUUAUUUUAAUACUCAGUGAGUCCAAGUGUUACUAAAAAAAGUUAACUUCUCAUUUUUCUUUUAUAUUUGCUGGCCUUUAAACAUGCUCCAGUCCCACCCCUACUUGAUGGCCUUUAAACAUCAGGCCUACAGACAGUCAUACUCCCUACUUGCCGGCCUUUAAACAAUAGUCCUAUAGACAUGGACACUAUACUCGUGACUCUUAUUAUAAUAGUCACCCCCCCAAAAGAAAAUAAAUCAACCUGACUCAUAAAAGCUUGCUGUGUGACAGGUUAUUUUUUUUUCACUCAGUAUUAUUAAUAUAAAACCUGUGGAGUUGGGGGAGGUCGGGUUAUGAAGAGGAAGCAGAACAUACCAGAAGCAAUAUAUAUAUAUUUUCAGUAGUUUAAACAAUUAAUUGAAUGCAAAAUAUGUUCUUAAUCACUUUCAAAUUAAAAAAUAAUUAAAUUUUGUAACUUUUCAUUUAAAUUUAUAUAGGCUGUCAAAAACUGUAUAACCUAUAAAUGCUCACCUACACAUUUUAAAUAUUUGAAAGGUGAAAGAUGCAGUUGCACUGUGUGAAUUUCUUCUUUGGCUUGAGAAAGAGGUAAGAAAGAAUUACAAGCUGGCAUCAGAAGUUUCUUAGAAUGUUUUAAUCUGGAACACUACAUUGACUAUCAAAACUUAAUUUUUAAACAAUUUUUUACCAUUUUAAAAUUUUUUGGUCACAUAUUUUUAAAUUGGAAAGGGUACCGAUAAAGGUUUCAUUAUCUAUAAAUAUUAUUGAUGAUUUAAGUCAUUUCUUGUAAAUUUGUUCAGGUCCCCAAAGGAACAGUCACAGAAAUAUCAGCUGCUGAUGAGGCUGAAAAUCUUAGAAGGUAACACAUUCAUUUUCAUCUGUUAAGUUCAAUUUUACAAUGCUUGUAUUUUUUCUUCUAUGUUAUAAGUGGAUCAUAUAUUUUCUGUUACCAGGUAUUUAAUUUCUAAUUUUUUCAUGAGAUUCAUUGUCCUAUACAUUCUUUAUGGAUUGAUACUUGCUGGACAGUGAAAAUACAAAUUAAUUAACCAUCCAAACAUUGCUGUUACAUAUUAAUUCAAUUUUGUCUGACAGUAAACAGAUUUUAUUUUUAAGCCUUAAUAAUUUGUGAAGGUGACUAGUCAGAAUUUAUUAAACUAAAGUCUUGACAUUUCCCACAGAUAUAGGUUUAAUCUUGCUCCCAUACUGAACCCAGUUAACUAAAAUUUCUAACAUAAUGCAUUUUUUAUAUUGCAGCAAACAAGCAGACUUUAUUUCCCUCAGUUUUGAUACUAUUUCAAGUAUCGGGCCUCAUGGAGCUAUCAUACAUUACAAGUAGGUCUAAUUAAAAAAACUGUUAUUUUUACCACAAUUACCAUUUGAAAGAUGGUCUUUGGAAAUGCAUUAAUUUAUACAAAAGUAAGUGUUUAGCCUUUUGAAGAACAAGAAGUCCAGAGAAAUGCAUUACUAUUUUUUGUAAUCAUAAUUAAAGCCUCCCCUAUCAGAUAACCUAUCAGAUAAUAUGAAACUCAUACAAACUUUUGCGCAAAGCCUGUUAAAGCUGGUAUGUUGUGAAGUAUAAUAUCUUUUUUUUUUAACAUGUUUUUAGGCCAAAACCUGAAACCAAUGCUUUAAUAACAACAGAUCAAAUUUACCUGGUUGAUUCUGGAGCUCAGUACAGGUAAGUGAGUUUAUAUCACAAAAAGAUUUUAAUAAUUUUAUUUAAUACUAAAGCCUUGUCAAGUUAUAUUUUGUUUAUCACACAUAAUAAAAUUAUUUAAUGAGUUUACCUUGAUACAUAAUAGUUUUAAAUUGAUUUGUUUCAUUUAGAUAGAAUUAACUUAUAGCUCAAUAAUUUGUAAUUGUUACGAUCUUACUUCGGUUUGAUGUUCUGUCUUCAAAAAUUACUUUUGUUGUUUAUAUUUCUGGCACCAUUGUCCUACCACCCUACACACACACAGCACUGCAUGAUUCAUACACAAGAUCAAUAACAAUGUUCAAUUGAAGUAUUGAUUCUUUAUUUGCGGUAACUGGCAGUUUACAAAACCGUUCUUCAAUAUAAAUUCCUCAGGACACUAAACCUUUUCCUAAGACCCCUUUUAGCGCCACUGUUGAACUUGCACCCUCUCAGGACAGUGAUCACUCAGCCUACUCACAAAACUGCACACCACGAACUAACCGCAAGAUCUGACCUUACAUAAAUUCCUAGCAUUCUCUUUUUAAUAUAUAAUUUCUAUAUUUUUCUAAAUUAGGGAUGGCACUACAGAUACCACUAGAACAAUACAUUUAGGCACACCAUCUAAACAUGAGCAGGUGAUCAUGUUUUAUAAUGUAUUAUUAAACAAAUUUAUUGAUGAAUGGAGCACUAAUCAAAUAUAGAAAAAGUGCGAGCGAUGCCAUAUUUUAACAAAUAAAUCACUGUUAAUUAAUAAGAACAUAAAAUAAAAUGUUUCUAUUCUCCUUAUUCCAUAAUUUUCAACUUCAUUUCAACUUUUUUUUAAAUCAUAUAAAAUGUGAUUAGUUUCAUAUAUUCUUAUACAGGAAUGUUACACAAGAGUUCUAAAAGGCCACAUAAACCUGUCAUCUGCAAUAUUUCCUAGUGGUAUUAAAGGUUAGUGACAAUCUCAUUAAUGUUGAAAAAAAAAUUCUUUAUUCCAUGCAAACAGAAGAAUUAUUGAUUAAUCAGUUUCUUCAAUUAUCACAACCUAAUACUAAUAAGGUGAAUUAUGUCAAAAAUAAGACACUACAAUGCUGAAUGCUUUUCUAAUCUUUCCAAAAAGUUAAUUGACAUUUUCCAAUGGUAAGUAGUUAAAAUUUAAAAACUCAAAUUUAUAAAUGUUUUAUUAAUAGGUCAGAUGUUGGACACAUUAGCACGGCAAUACUUGUGGGAAGCAGGUCUGGAUUAUAGGCAUGGAACAGGUCACGGGGUCGGUGCUUUUCUUGGUGUCCAUGAAGGUAAAUAUUAUUGAUCUAAUAAUUUCCUUUAUAAAUAGUUUUAAUGUGUACGAAAAAAUGAUUAAAUAUGUCAUACUUGUUUAUACAUGCGCAUUUUAUUUUAAAAAAGAAUAUUUAACUCAACAAGGUUGUGAAACCAACCAAGGUUGUGGAACCAACCAUCUCUCUUUUUUAGCCGUCACUAUUUGUAAAGGCUAUACCCAUAACAUUUGCUUCUGUUCCCUUCUCGUCACACUCUCCUCUAGUUCUAUCUACUUCUUUUAGACACUAAUUUGAUCCAUUUGCUUAUGUCCCUCAAAAUUUAAAACAAAUGUAGUUGGAGAGCUAGUGCUCUUUAUGUUUUGCUUGCCAGCUUACUCUCAUAUGACAGCCAUCUUUGUUGAGAGUGAAUAUUUUUGUUACUAGUGUUUUUUUGUCCAUUUUGUGUGUUUCCUAGUCUAAUUGAGAAUCUAACAUUUGAUCUCCUCUUUUGACAUUCUGUAGAGGUAUUCCUAUUUGAUACAUAGUUAUUUCAAGGGUAACAAUAUAAAACCAAAGUUAAAUAAAGUUUAUAAUCAGCUCUGGAAUUUAAAUAUGUUAAUUGUGCUAUAAAUUGUAGUGUAUUUAAUUUUAUUUAAAUAGUUCAAAUAAUUUUUGGGCCCAAGUUUUGUUUUAGCCCUCAACAGACUUAGUGUUUACAAUAAAGUUAACCCUAAAAUAAUUUGAAACAAUGACAAUGCUUUAGGUAAUGAAAAUGUAUUCCUUUUGUUCUUGAUUAAACCAUUAAUAAGAAAAAGCUGUUUUGCCAAAAAGCAUUUUUGGAUGUGUUGAGUUACUGCAAAAAUAUUUGUCUUUUAUCAAAUCAUAGGGCCUUGUGGGAUUUCAUACCGUGUUUCACCAAAUGAAGUUGACCUGCAAGAAAACAUGGUUUUAACUGAUGGUAAGUGCUACCAAAAUCAUAUGUUUUUUUUAAACACAUCUCUUUUUUUCUUGUGUUUCUACCAAUACCAGAAUGACGAAGACUUAUUUUAAAAUGCUAACCAGUUAAACGUACUUGUAGUUGUUAAAUAUUCAAAAUGGUGUUACCAUAGACAUAGCUUCCUGGUUCUAUUGCAGUGGUUCUUAACCUGAGUUUGAUUGAACCCCAAGGAUUUCUUAGUUGAGUUUUGUGGGUUAAAAAGAAUUUGCUAUUUAAUUAAAGUUAUUGAAAUUGUUAAUUCUUUCAAUUUUAAUACAGAGCCUGGCUAUUAUGAAGAUGGCAAAUUCGGAAUAAGAAUUGAGAACUGCAUUAAGGUUAAAAAGACCAACACACAGGUGACAUUUACUUAAUAUGAAAUUACAAAAUCAGCAUAAUGCACAACUUGUAAUCAAGGUUUUGGAGCCAAGCUGAAGCUCGAAGAUUUAUAGCAGAUUUUUCCCAGAGCUGGAGGUUACAGCUCUGAGCUCCAAAUUUUUUUUUAAAUAUAUUUAAUUCAAACUUAAUUUUUUUUUUAUUAAUUUAUUCUAACUGAUGCCCUAAUCUUAUACCAGCUGUUACCCCACUCCUCAACAGCUAUAUUGCCCUGCCCUUCUAAUAGCUAUGUUGUCCCACUCCUCUACAGAUAAUUGCACCACUUGACUACAGCUAUUUUGCUGGUACUUGCAUUACAAUGCCUAGUUAAUAAGAAGGAUUAGCGACAUUUCUUUACACACUAAGCACCCUCAUCAACCACACCUUCUCCCUUUUUAAAUUUUGCCUUCACUCGGAGCGUAGCUGACAUAAUUUUAUCCAGAGUGAAGAUCGGCCAAAAAAUGCUUGUUCCAAAUCCCUGCUUGUAACAACAGCUUGUACUGUGUUAUUCCUAAGGUUAAGCAAUAUACAUAUAUAUAAAUAGUUAUAUAUUUAGUCUAUUGAAGAAGGAUGAAUCCCCAAUACUUUGUUUUGUUUCCAUUUUACAUGGAAUUUACUUCUUUAAUAUGUGUUUGUGUCUGUUACAAUCGAACACAUCUAUCUUUAUUCUUCAUUAAUAAUCUGUCAGUUGCAUAAUUCACCUAUUUUAUUUUAUUUUACUAAGAAAGUCCUUAUUAAUUGUUUAAUUGGGUUUUUUUAAGCAUAACUUUGGGGGCAAGGGCUUCUUGACCUUUGAACCAAUAACAGUUGUACCAAUCCAAACCAAAAUGAUAGAUGCUUCUCUUCUCACGGAAAAAGAGGUAAAAAUUCUUAAUAUGUUUUGAAAUUGCAGGAUUCUGACGAAAGAUUCCUGAGAUGAUUGACUCAGAAACUGAUUUGAAAGAAUUUUAAGGCACAAAUUUACCCAAAUAUAAAACCGCCCCAUAAAUCUUUGUUGAAACUUGCAAGUUGACAGUAUUUUGUUGAUCCUACACCUAAUAUGUGUUUUUUAACUUUUAUUAUAAUCAGCAAUCAACCAUUCAUUGUUUUUUUUUUCAUUUAUCUAAAAGACUGUUGAAAAAAAACAAAUUUAUCUUAGCUUCUCAUUUAGAAAUAUUUAAAAGUUUUUUGCUUAUUUUAUCUAUUUAUUUUCAGAUUCAAUGGUUAAAUGACUAUCAUGAAAAAGUACGGAAUAUUGUUGGAAGUGAGUUAAAACAACAAGGAAAAAUGGAUGUGUACCACUGGCUAUUACAGGCCACAGAACCUUUGGGAUAAUCCCGCUAAAGCUGUUAUUAAUUGUUGGUGGUCAGAAAUUUAUACAUCGAUAAAUUUAAAAAUUUUCAAUUAUAUAAAAACAAAUUUCCUUAUUUUAAAUCACCAUUAUUUAAUAAUUUUAAGAAUUUUACCCAUUGAUUCAAUUUCUGAUCCAAAUAAAAAAUUUUUUGCUAGAUGUGUCUUUUUUUUUUUAGCUAUAUGAUAUUAAGUUGGAAGUUUGCAUUACUGAAUAAUCAGUUUUGUGUUUUUAAAUGUAUGCCCAAACUGUAGCACAUAAAAUGCCAAUGUCAGAUAUUAGGAUCAACAACAGUCAACUACAAACAGUAUUCUCUAAUACAGCCUUGUUUUGUUUUUUUUUAAUUCACUGUACAAAAACAACCGCCUAUUUUAAAUGUAGAAAUUUUAUUUAUGUAAGCUUCUAGAAAACGAUACACAUUUUUUUUUUAAUUAUCUCUGUAAAAUAAAUUAUAAUCAUUAACUAUUACAUUGUAAUGAUUUUUCUUAAUUAAAAGUGAUAUACAAAUUUACACUCAAAGCUGCUGUUGCUCCUUUUUUUCUAUAUAAAUAUAUUUUUUAUAAAUAGAGAGCUAUAUAUAAAUGAUCAUCAGAUUGAUAUGGAAUUUAACAAUUUUUAUGUGCAUUAAACAAAAUUUUUGUAAUACUAAAAUUGUAUUUUCAUGUCUUAUUAUUUUUCUGUCCUUUAUUUUGGUGUGCCAAAAAGGCUGGCAUAAAAAGUUUGCUUUAAAGCAGCAGAUCUGUCUACCCAUUACUUGUUAUCAUCUCCAAACGAAAGAUUAACUCUUUUAUAAUUCUAUUAUAAAACAAAUUUCAAGAUAAAACAAAGAUUUGUUUCUAGAACAAAACUAUCACAGUCAAAACACCAUAAUUAUAUAUAUGUUACCCUCAUUCAUCCAUAAUUAGAUUAUGUUCAUGAAUUAAUACUGAUAUGAAUACAUAAAUAAUUGUUGGGAAAAAAAUGUAAAACAUUUUUCUGAUAAAAAGACUCAAAAAAGAGCCGGCAUACUUAUUUCUUUAAAAUAAUUCCAGUAAUGCUAAAUAUAUAUUGUCUUAUCAUCACUGCUCUGGGUUAAUGAAAUAGGUUGUAUUUAGAGAUAAAGAAAUUUAUCAGAAAGCAUUUAUAACUUUAUAAAAAGAGAGAUAAGAUGUGUUGUACAAGCUUUUUAUGUUUGUGCACUGAUCAUAUUACCCACUAUUCUGUGAGAUUUUUGUAAAUGGCUAGGAUUGGUUCUGUUGGCUCCAUUUCUGUCAUAAAGCCAAAAAAAUAUAUUUUUUUUUUUUAAACCUAUUAAAAAAAUAGCAACAAUACUUUUCCCAGUAAGUGAAAGU